CGUAGAAGACAGUGUGUCGUUGACCAUCGCCGCGGCUGCUCAGCCUCGACGUCGAGGCUCAUGUCGUCCCGCGACCCGAGCGUGAUCUUGUCUUGAUAUAUUUUUUUUUUUUUUUUUUCGUACUUCAAUCUCUGUCUCGAAGAUUGACCGGGCCACUUAAAUUGUUUCUACCGUCGUAACGGCGUUUUCCAUUGCCGAUUGAUUUGCACGCUUAUCGAACGCUCGUGACAUCUACUUCGUUCCACGUAUCGCGACGCAAAAUAAUCAAUCUUUCCCACGUGAAUUAGCAAAAGAAACUGUUUGACACUUUUUCGAAUGAAAUCUCUGACCAGUAAUCGAUGAGCGUCGUAAUCAAGCAGUGGUAAUUUUGCGCGUCCACAUCUCAACAACGUCCGAUCGUCCCGAAAACUUUCCGGCUGCUGAAAGACAGCUGAUUAAUCGUGCUCCAAAGAAAAUCGGAUAAAACCACCAUGUAUUCAAUCUUGUUGCUAACGAGAUCUGUCCGAUUUGGACAGUCGUCACGAAGAUUUGUCUCGUCGUUCAUGAAAUUGCGCUUGUCGCAGUUAACAAAUACUAGAGCGCCGCAAACGUACGCGAGAAGAGAGCUGCAAACCACAGUGAGACCGCGGAGGCAACAAACAUUCGCGGAGCGCAACGAAUUAAAGUACGCUCGUCGUCUGGUUAUCAAACUCGGCAGCGCCGUUAUAACGAGAGAAGACGAACACGGACUAGCUCUGGGACGUCUGGCGUCUAUUGUGGAACAGGUAGCCGAAUGUCAGAUCGACGGACGCGAAUGCAUUAUGGUUACCAGCGGUGCGGUCGCUUUUGGCAAGCAGAAGCUCACUCAGGAACUUUUAAUGUCCAUGUCGAUGAGAGAAACUCUGAGUCCUACGGAUCACACGCGAGAGCACGCGGGAACUAUGUUGGAACCUAGAGCAGCCGCUGCGGUGGGUCAGUCGGGCCUCAUGUCCCUCUACGAUGCGAUGUUCGCUCAGUACGGGGUCAAAAUCGCGCAGGUAUUGGUGACCAAGCCUGACUUUUACAACGAGGAGACGCGUAAGAACCUCUUCAGCACGCUGAGCGAACUCAUCAGUUUGAACAUCGUGCCGAUCAUCAACACAAACGACGCGGUAAGUCCGCCGCCGGACGUCGACGAGGAGGUCGCAGGCGGCGGCGGUAGGCGAGGAAUAUCCAUCAAAGACAACGACUCGUUGGCGGCUAUGCUGGCGGCCGAAGUCCAAGCGGAUCUGCUGGUUCUUAUGAGCGACGUCGACGGCAUCUACAAUCUUCCACCCUGGCAGGACGGCGCGAGGAUGCUGCACACCUUCAGCUCCGAUCUCCGAAACACCAUCAAAUUCGGAGAGAAAUCGAAGGUGGGCACCGGCGGCAUGUCGUCGAAAGUCAACGCUGCGCUUUGGGCAAUGGAUCGCGGCGUCGCGGUGGUCAUCUGCAACGGUACUCAGGAGAAGGCUAUCAAGAGCAUCAUGUCGGGCAGAAAGAUCGGUACCUUCUUCACGCAGGCUGCUGGCUCGUCCACUCCUGUCGAAGUGGUCGCCGAAAACGCUCGUGUUGGGAGCAGAACGCUGCAGGCUUUACGCCCGGAGGAGCGUGCUGAAUGCAUCAAAACUCUUGCGGACUUGUUGGAAACGAGGCAAUCUGAGAUUCUUGCAGCGAACUCGAUGGAUCUGGAUGCCGCGAACAAGAAUUUAGCCAAAGCUCUAUUGUCACGUUUAUCACUUACGCCGGCGAAACUCAAAUCUUUGAGCUCCGGCUUGCGUCAGAUUGCGGAUGAUUCGCUGACCAACGUGGGACGCGUGAUCCGCAAAACGCGACUGGCCGAAGAUUUGGAAUUACAGCAGAUAACGGUGCCGAUCGGGGUGUUGCUGGUCAUCUUUGAAUCCAGACCGGAUAGUUUGCCUCAGGUGGCCGCUCUGGCCAUGUCCAGCGCCAACGGGCUUCUUUUGAAGGGCGGUAAAGAAGCCGCUCACAGCAACAAGUACCUGAUGACACUCGUGAAGGAAGCGUUGGACAAAUUCGGCGCUGCCAACGCCAUUUCGCUCGUCUCUACGAGGGAAGACGUGAGCGAUCUUCUCUCGAUGGAGAAGCACAUAGACCUCAUUAUUCCGCGCGGUAGUUCGGAGUUGGUGCGCACGAUUCAAGAACAAUCUAAGCACAUACCCGUGCUGGGUCAUGCCGAGGGCAUCUGUCACGUUUACAUCGACAGAGACGCGGAUCUGACAAAAGCCCUGAAGAUCAUCAAGGAUUCAAAGUGUGAUUAUCCCGCUGCGUGCAACGCCAUGGAAACGUUGCUCAUACACGAGAGUCUCAUGAACAACAGUUUCUUCAGCGACGUAUGCAGCAUGUUGCACAAAGAAGGGGUUAAAAUCAAUUCCGGCCCCAAGUUGAGAAAGCUAUUGACUUUCGGUCCGCCUGCUGCGAAAAGCAUGCGAACCGAAUACGGCGCGCUCGAAUGCACCAUAGAAGUAGUUUCGGACGUUGACGACGCUAUCAACCACAUUUAUAAAUACGGCAGCAGUCACACGGACGUUAUUGUGACCGAGCACGUCAACACAGCCACACAUUUUCAAAGAGAAGUGGACAGUGCGUGCGUGUUUCACAAUGCCAGCACUAGAUUUGCGGACGGCUACAGAUUCGGACUCGGAGCAGAGGUCGGCAUUUCCACUGCGCGUAUUCACGCACGUGGCCCGGUAGGAGUAGACGGACUGUUAACGACAAAAUGGGUUCUGAAAGGUGACGGCCACGCGGUCGCGGAUUUCGCCGAAGGAGGCAGCAGAACCUGGCUUCAUCAACCUUUACCUCUCACCGAAUCUGCAUGAAUCGAUCCUGUUAAGAACUUUUAUAAUCUUGAUAUCUUUAAAAUUGUCCGCAAAAUAAUGCAAGUGAAUCAUUUUAAAAAACAAAGAAUAGUGAAAUGCACAUCUCUUAUGACUAAACAAAAAUAACUCAAGUAUGAUAGACACCACGAUUGAAAGUAGUACAUUCUCGAUUUGUAUAUAUAAAAGAAUAUAAAGGAGACAGA